UCCUCGCGGGUCCUUCUUCUCCUGAGCCGCUCCACCAGUCCCUCUAACGGUUACCAACCGCCGGAGAAAACACCGUAAAUUAACCCGAAAUCCUCCUCUAACCGACCGGGAAACGGGAGAUAUGAUGGGCGGGAGGUCCAGUGCUCUGGCGGCCGGGGUUUGCGGCGCUUUGCUCGUCGGUUACUGCAUCUAUUUCGACAAAAAGAGACGGAGUGACCCCAACUUCAAGAACAGGCUGAGACAGCGAAGGAGAAAGCAGCAGGUAGCCACAGACCGGGCGGGCAUGGCAAAGCUCCCCGAUCUGAAGGACGCUGAGGCGGUGCAGAAGUUCUUCCUGGAGGAGAUCCAGCUGGGGGAGGAGCUGCUGGCUCAGGGAGACUAUGAGAAAGGCGUGGACCACCUGACCAACGCCAUCGCAGUGUGUGGGCAGCCCCAGCAGCUGCUGCAGGUGUUGCAGCAGACUCUGCCUCCACCCGUCUUCCAGAUGCUGCUCACCAAACUGCCCAGCAUCAGCCAGCGUAUCGUGAGUGCACAGAGUCUGAGCGAGGACGAUAUAGAAUGAGAGGAUCGAAAAGGAAACAACCCUUCCUCAUCUUCAUUCUCCUCCUCUUCCUCAUGCGGACCCCUCCUCUCAUGACGACCUGCCAACGCCUCGGCCUCCAUCACUCCGGCCGACGUCCAUCACUUCCCAUCGACGUGUCCUCUAGGGAAUUAGUUUUGUAUUCCAGCUUUAACCAUGACAGUAGUGUCUGUUUGUUUUUUUUACUUAAAUUACCCGUUUUGGGGUAUGAAGAGUUUCCUUAUCAUAACUGCCAGAGAAUUAAAAGCGCCCGUCCCCACUCCACCACGGUUAAUGAUAAACUGGACUGGGUGGUGGUGUCGCUCACAUCAUGUUUCAGGUUUACACUGAUUACUGCUAUGAGAAUAUCAGUGGUAGAAAGUUACAGAAAUCUUCUCUCUGCUCCACAAAGUAUUUAUUGUUUUUGUUAUCAGUCGUCUUUCUGUUCGGUCUCCACUUGGAAACACUUUUAAAAAUAAAGUAACAAAAUGUUUUGUUCAUUUUAAAGAGAGGACGACCCUCUUACAAUACAAAAAUACAAUAAAAAAUGGUAA